CUCUAACGGCGGCUACACACGCUGCUGUGUUGCAGACAGGCAGGACAUUACGGAGAGGACCAGAGACAGCUAGUGGACACAUUCACUGUGAUUAUACCCGGAGACCGAGACCCCGGAGGCCGGUGGACCCGCGGAAGGACCGGGCUGAGUGACACAGGUCCCGGUGUUCACGUUGUACACACCGAGGCGCGAUAUUGGAUCUUUCUUCAGGAAGGACCCUCAGCCUCGCACAGGGAUGUUUAUGUCCUGGGGCGGCAUGUAGGGGAUGUUAUCAUCUUGGAAAAGUAGAGGUUAGACAACUUUCUCUGUUUCUGGCCUCAGUUUGAUAGAGUUGAUAAACUCGCCAUAUCACUCUGUCGGCAGGGAGCCUAUGCUGUCACUCAUGACAGCUCAUGACUUUUGAGAUCAAUUCUGGAACGAAUCCAAUUGGAUUCCCCCCCAGUUGCAUUGAAAACGUGUGUACAAAGCAGUGCCUGUGAGAGGAGCUUCAGAGCUGUUCAACAUACCAUAUGUUAUGAGUGUGACUGUAAUUGGAAUGAUCAUUUAGCUCCAGAGCUGCCAGCCACUGCUCUGUGUGUGAUCCGAGCUAUGCAGACUGACUGGAGCCACUCUCAGACAGCUCCUCUGCACACCCAGCUCUAAGGUGCUCUCACAGAGAGGAACUUUUACAGCUGAGGAAAGCUCCCUGCAAGCCUCGAUCCAGAGGGACGACUGGUGCGGAGUAGCAGAUGUUACACAGCUUUGUGUAUUAUGUGUGUAUGUGCGGAUUAUUCAGAUGCUGCUAUGCAGACAGAGUGGAGCCACAGAAAAUCUGCUUGUGAAGUUUGAGUAACUCUCCGGCUGUGCAGCCCCUGUCAGAGCACUCAGUUGAAGAAAUGUGUUGCACUGUUGGCAGCUGAAGUUUUCUUUAUGAGGGUUUUGUUGUUGCAGGAUUGAAGUAUUAUUUAAAACAAAAACUCGUACAGGUUAUGCAUAUUAUGAAUUGGUAACUUUCACAUAGACUGAGACUAACAGUUGUGCCUGAAACACAUGGGAAAAUUCCCAUCUGACUUUUUUUUACAGUAAAGAAGCAAUGUUGUUCACUCCACUGUUGGUUACACUAAUUGUCGGGAAAUGAAGAACCCUCAUUCGCUGAAUAAUACCUGGAAUAGAUCCAUUAACAAAGACGAAGUACUAAUGUCGGUGCCUGGCAGUAACAAGAAGUUCAAAAGAAAGUCUCAGGAGCCUAAAAAGCUUUAUAGUGGCCCCGAGUCGGACAGGAUGAAAACCCAAGCAGGGUCGGAUGUGGACUCAGUGGAUGACACCCUGCCUGAGGCAUGUCACUUCAGCAGGUUGGCACCAUUAAGGAGACAGCUGAUCCUAUCACAAGAAGGGAUGGCUGGUUCUACAGCCCUUCUGUCAGGACUACCAGAGAGUGAAAUGUCUCCAGCCCAGGGGGGUGCCAUAGAUAUGAGAAUUGGAACUAAUGUGCCUGCCAUCACUUCCAAACUGUCGCAGUUACCUGCCUCUCCAUUCUCUCACUCUGAGAUCUCCCAAUGGCCCACAUCCAUAUCCCAGCCUCUGUCCAACAGACUCAAACUGGGCCUUCGUCCCGCUUUCCUUCAGUCGACAUCGACCUGCAGCAGCCCACCCCCCAGCCACCAGCCCGUCUCUCUGGAGCCCUGCCUGUCAGCUCAGGCUCUGUCUAUGGAGACCCAGCUCCACUCACCUAUGGAUUCUCCCAGGAAACAUAUUGGGGGUCACCAUGAGGUCAAAGCCGUCCAGCAGACCAGGAGGCUUCUAGCCAACGCCCGAGAGAGGACGCGCGUCCACACCAUCAGUGCUGCGUUCGAGGCCCUGAGGAAGCAGGUGCCAUGUUACUCUUAUGGGCAGAAGCUAUCCAAGCUGGCAAUUUUACGUAUAGCCUGCAACUACAUCCUGUCUCUGGCUCAGUUGGCAGAGCUGGACUACAGUUCAGACUGCGACAGUGUCAGCUUCUCUCAGUGUGUGGAGCAGUGCACCAGGACCCUGCAAGCCGAGGGGAGGAGCAAGAAGAGGAAGGAGUGAAGCUGAAACAAAUGGAAGGCCCCAGGACGCAGAACACUGGCAUCCCAAACGACCAGAUGGAGAGGAUAAUGAAAGAGUGAUGCGGAUGAAUUAUACUUUGUUUCAUGAAUAGCUCUCCCCACUCAUUACUUAAUAAUAUUUAUCUGAACAGAAUUGUAAAGGCUCUGUUCAUCAAGGCCCACAAACAAACUGAGAAUAAAACAGAUGUAAAGUGACGUAGGGACUGAAAUACUGAACUGUAGCUGUAUGCUACAUCCAUUACUGUGCUCCAAUUCUGUGUCGAGCCGUGGCUGCCUUGUCAAUACCAUCAAAGUAUAAGUAUGCAUUUCCUCACGCGACACUCCCUUUCAGCUGACACACUUAUGACAAGCACGAAGCUUGUCUGGUCACAGAUGUGUGUAAAGUUGAAUGAGAAUCCAAUCUGACUUCAAACUGAGGACAUUACUGCAGUCGACGCAGCUCAUUCAUGAGGCAGUCUUUUUUUUUUACAAUAGAUUUAACUAUAGUAGACCAUAAUAUGCCUACUAUUAAAAAUAAAUUAAAAUAUUUUAAAAAUAUAUUACCCCGCUGUAAUUUUCUUACAAACACAUAGCUGCACCAGACUGACUAAACAUUGUAAGAACAAAUAAUCAAAGUCCACAAUUAACUUUUAUAAUAAAACAAAUAUUGAAGGGCCACUAGAGUGAUUUAGUAUCCCACAUAUUUAAAGGUAGGGAACUUUUGAGAGACAGAUUUUAUAAGAAAUGUUGCACAGUAAAAGGUGAGAUAUAUUGACGUUCAGGAUACAUCCUCACUUGUCGUGUCCAUUUUUAAAAGCAACCGUCAACUGCGCUUAUGCCUAGCUUCCACACUGCUCUAAGUUUAACAACCCCUGAAACCGAACAUUUGAGAAAGAUCCUGACUCUGUUUUAGCCGAGGUUUUAGAAAAAGAGACGGCGCUAAUUUUCCAAAAGGACAAAUCAGGAUGAAGUUGAAGGUGUUUUAGACUAUUCUGCCUGUAUCAGCAACACACUGUUGUGAGAUUUGGCAACACAUUAACAUAAGUCUAAUUUUUCAGUAAUAUUUGUAAUGCUAAACCUUUAUAUAUACAGUCUAUGUGCUAAACAUGUUUGUUAGCUGUGUACAUAUCUAGUUUUGGCUAAAUAAACAAGGUUUUUAAGCCCUACCUGUUUGAAGGCA